AUUCAGAUCACAGUCUGCUAAAUUCUUUCGUAUGAACCACAACAGAGAAUAGUAAAUAUGAUUAAAAAGUUAAUUUUUUGUGUGUUAGUGCUACACAUAUGUGCCGUUUUGGGUUAUGGUAUUUGUAAUGAUUGUAUGGAAUAUACCAAAUGCAAGGCGGCAUUUGAUCACGCGACCUUAAAGCGAGACAGAGAAACAAUGCAACUCUUUUCUAAAGCUUAUUGUGGCAUGGGGAAUGAAAAUGGGGAAAUGAUACAUAAGGUGUGCUGUUCCGUUUUCCCAUCACUUCAUAGGAUGACUUCGAUAGACAGCAGGAGUGGAAUAAGCAAAGAUCACCUUCUACCAGAAACUUGUGGAAGUAUUUUGGGAAAUCGUAUCUUUGGAGGCAAAUACGCUAAACUCUACGAAUUCCCUUGGAUGGCCCUUAUCUCUUAUAAUACAAUGAAUGGUCCGCAAUUCGAAUGUUCCGGGACGAUUAUUAACUCAAAAUACAUCUUGACGGCUGCUCACUGUGUUGUCGGCAAAAAUAUUCGUGGUGUGAGGAUGGGAGAAUUCGACAUCAGAAGCGAUGUAGACUGCGAGUAUGAACCUGGUUUAUCCCCUAUUUGUGAGAACCAUUACCAGGAUAUGGCUGUAGAAAAGGCAAUACCCCAUAGCGAGUUUAUCUUGUUUCCACCGAGAAAUGACAUUGCUUUGCUGAGAAUGGAAGGCGAGAUUGACCUUAGUUAUAAUAAUGUUGAACCAAUUUGUCUACCAAUAACGUCUGAACUUCAAAAUAGGGUUUUGCACCAUAAGACUGGUACAGUGGCUGGCUGGGGAGUGACGGACACGCAGAUAGAGUCGACAAAACUGAUGAUAGUCGAUUUUCCUGUAAAAUCAAACUCAGAUUGUAAGAUGUUCUUUGAAAAUACGGUAAACCAAUAUCCUAAAGCACAAUGGAAUGAAACUAUGAAGAAUCAGUUUUGUGCAGGAGAAUCAGGGAAAGACUCGUGCAAAGGAGACUCUGGUGGUCCGUUCAUGAUUAAAGACAUCUAUAAAGACGUGAGCCGCUAUGUCCAAUAUGGAGUCGUGUCUCAUGGACCUCCGAGAUGCGGUUCUGAUACACCAGGCUUUUACACUGAUGUAAGGAAAUAUAUAAAUUGGAUACUGGACAAUAUUACAGAUUAGUUCUAUAACAAAGAAUCGUCUUUUAGUUACACAUUUCACAGCCAUUGUCAAAUAUAGUUCCUACACAUUUCAUCGUUGAUAAUAUUAAAUUAAAGUGAUGGAUAUAUCAAUAUGUCUUACAAUAUACGCGUAUAUUUAUAAAGAAAUGUGCUAUGAACAAAAUAAAAUUUUUAAUCAUAAAAAGGAAUUUUGUUUGUGUGUUUGUUUUCGAACCGUGACACACUGACAAUAAAUUUCUAGAAAUGUUCUCGAUCACAGUCAUUUCUAGUAAUUAAAACUCAUCUUAGUAAUUUUUAUUUACGUACUCUAUCGCAAACCU